AAAAUCUAAAAGCUAAGUUACUUUGCUCUCAUCUAAAAAUAAAUAAGAAAUAAAUAAAUAAAAUGAAAAGGUGAGUGUUCUAUAUAAAUUGCUUGUGUUCUUCUUUAGGAUAACAAGAGAGAGUAACAUUGCCCUUUAUGGAUUCAGUAAAGAGAAGGUGUUUUCCUCAAGAUUUUGUAUUUGGCACAGCAUCUUCUGCUUACCAGUUUGAAGGUGCUGCGUCUACGGAUGGAAAAGGACCGAGCAUUUGGGAUACUUUCACUCACAAACAUCCAGAGAAAAUUGAGGAUGGUAGCAAUGGAGAUGUCGCUGCUGAUUCAUAUAAUCGUUACAAGCAAGAUGUGGCAAUCAUGAAAGAAAUGGGUUUUGAUGCUUAUAGAUUCUCAAUCGCUUGGUCAAGAAUUUUGCCAAAUGGAAAGCUUAGUGGAGGGGUGAACGAGAAAGGAAUAGAGUACUAUAACAAUCUCAUCAACGAAGUUAUUGCAAAUGGUAUCGAACCCUAUGUCACACUUUUCCAUUGGGAUCUUCCCCAAUCUUUACAAGAUGAAUAUCAAGGCUUCAUGAGUGAUCAAAUUAUAAAUGAUUUUCAAGACUAUACAGAGCUUUGCUUCAAGGAAUUUGGAGACAGAGUGAAGCAUUGGAUAACCCUAAAUGAACCAUACAUAUUCAUUCUUCAAAGUUACGUGCGUGGAGAAUUUGCACCUUGCAGUUGUCAUUCUCAACAUUCAUUUGAUUCAAUUAAAGGAGAUUGUGGAAAUGAACCAUAUAUUGUUGGUCACAACCAAAUUCUUGCUCAUGCAGUUGUGGUCAAGCUUUACAAGACAAAAUAUCAGGCACAACAAAAGGGCAAAAUUGGAAUCGUACAAGCUUCAAAUUGGUGUGUUCCAUAUUCAGAUGGUGAAGAAGAUAAAAGAGCAACAAGUCGAGUCAUAGAUUUUUCUAUUGGUUGGUUCUUGCAUCCACUUGUUUAUGGAGAUUAUCCCUCAAUUAUGAGAAGUGUUGUGAAGGAAAGAUUGCCCAAAUUCACAGAAGAAGAGACCAUUUUGAUAAGAGAAUCCUUUGACUUUCUUGGAUUUAAUUACUACACAACUAAUUAUGUAAAGGACAGCUCUAGUGAAGACAUUACAGAACCAAGCUAUUUGACUGAUUUAUGUGCAACUAUUACAACUGAGCGUGAUGGAAUCCCCAUUGGUCCAAAGGCGGGCCCAUCGUCAUGGCUUGCGUCUUAUCCACAAGGAUUGAAAGAUAUGUUGAUAUAUGUAAAGAACAAUUACAAAAAUCCAAUUAUCUACAUAACAGAAAAUGGAUGUCUUGACUUUGAUAAAACUCCCAUGGACAAAUUAAUCAAUGACGAAGAUAGAAUCAAGUACUUCAACGAUCAUCUCUAUAGUAUUAGCGAAUCAAUCAAGGAUGGAGGAAGGGUAAAAGGAUAUUUUGUAUGGUCAUUGUUGGAUAACUUUGAAUGGUCAAUGGGAUUUUCACAUCGCUUUGGUCUCCAUUACAUUGAUUUCUACCACAACAAUUUGGGAAGAAUCCCAAAGGCCUCAGCUAAAUGGUUCCAAAACUUCCUUAAGAACUUGGAAGAUGUUCAACAAGAUUGAUCUUUUCAUGUAUUUUCUCUAUUAAUAUCUUAUGCCUUUUAUUCUAUUCUAAUCUAUUAAGAGAAUACUUAUCGAAUAAUUCAAUGAUAAUUAAUAUCUAUGAUUUUUUUUUCUUUUUAAA